GGGGAACUAUUUUAGUGACGGACCCGGGACCUGCGGGGGAACGCAUUAGGGUGACCUCAUUCGGAUUCGUUAUUUCAAAGCCCCCCCCCCCAAAAAAAAACUCCCCGCGUCGCCGUGGUUACCGCCUGGAGGGUCGGGGGCGCCGCUGAAGAUCAUGAGCGCGGCCUUGGGGAAAGUGUUGUCCCUGGGAAAGGAAUCUGUUUUAAAGCAAGGAUGUGGUAUUUUCAGCCUUGCAUUCAAAUCAUCCAGAAGGAAUCCAGUCUCUCCUCUAGGCAGCCUACAGAAGAAUUUUCAAAGACACUACAGAUCCAAGCCUACCCAUGGUAUCGGCCGCUAUAAACAUCUUCUCCCGCCGGAGGCCCCUCCUAAAAGGAAGAAUCACGUGGAGAUGAAAGAAAUCGACCCUGGGACAGAGCACCAGUAUGGGACUUUAAACAUCGUGAUGACGGGCUACGACGUCUGCCUGGUUGAACACUACGCUCAGUAUGUCCAUCGGCUCUGCAACAAGCUGCCCGUCAAAGUAGUCGAAAGCUAUGCCAUGCCCACGAAGACGGUGGAGCUGGUGUUGGCGGGGGAACAUGGCAGCAAAGUCCGUGUGGACGGCCACCUUACAAGCCACCAGCGUGUCGUUCAGAUUAAUCAGCUGACGGCCACAUUUAGUCCCAUUUUCUUGGAAAUUAUUCAGAAUAAUCUCCCCGAAGGAGUCCAUCUAUUAGUGAAAGAGCACACGGAGGAAGAUUUCAGAAUUCGACUGAAGGUCCGCACGGAACUGGAUGUGCUUCGGGCCAAACUGCAGUGAGAUGGGGCCGGUGUCCGAUUGAAGCUUUCCAUCGCUUCGAGCCGUUCUUCCAGGCUUCCCCAGCCGGCACGGGUGGACUUCCAACUCCCCAAAUCCUCCAGCACUGUAACACGCGUGGACUUCGGCUCCCAGAAUUCCCCGUUAACAAAAACGUGAAGGGCCAGGAGAAAAAGCUUGGUUUUCUCACAGCUUUCCUAUCCGACGCCUCGAUCCGGCCUCUUGCACCUCUCGAAAGAUGCUUUUCCAAGUGAUUUUUAUAAUAAAUGAAUAAAAGCGUGGAAAAAA